AUGGUUAAAGCUAAUUCAAAUCGGGCCGAACGAAAACGCAAGAAAAAGAACAGAGGAAGCGGACAGUUCAAAGGUCUGUCACAAAAGUUUGAUGAUGAUGGAGAUACUAUCAACGAAGGUAUUAAAUACGAAGAAGCUGACGAGGAAACAGACUGUUCACACUAUUUGGAGAUAUUCUUCCGUCGGUUUGUUUGGGGAUUUAAGAGGUUCAUCACGUUUCUAUUCUCCAUCAUUGGAGUGACAAGCCUAACCGUUGGAUACGCGAUACUCGGUGGUUUGAUUUUUAAGGGAAUUGAAUUACCACAGGAGAAAGCUACCCGGGAUGAAGUGGCUGCACGGAAAGAUGUGUAUGUUGACAAAAUUGUGGACUUCUAUGAAAGUUCAAAUAUUGAAAAUGUUUUGGAAAAGUCAACUUGGAAUAACAAAGUAAACGAACUUUUAAAGAACUAUGAGCAAGAAAUGUUCAAAUUUACAAAAGAGCGAGACUGGAAUGGUCAAUUUGAAGGAGACGAUUUCCAAUGGUCUUUUGCCGAGGCUUUACUUUACUCCGUCACAGUCAUCACAACCAUUGGGUAUGGAAACAUUACACCAAAGACGAUUGGAGGACGAUUGGUAACCAUAUUGUACGGUAUUCUUGGAAUACCACUCGCUAUGCUAUGCCUAGGAAACUUAGGGGACCUCAUGGCCGGUAUUUUUAGAGUCAUGUAUCGUUUUGCGUGUGUAAAUAUGACGUACCAAUAUAUAAAACUACGGCGUCGGCGUUUACGGCAUAGAUUUUUAAAGCGCUUGCACAAGAAAGCGGAAAGUAUGAAGGAAUGGGCAAAACGAAACCAGUCGUUGGUUUCAUCUGUUCUUCACUUACACGAUCAUACAUCAUCAAUACCUUCAGAUAACAAUGAACAUGACGUGACGUUUAACGAGGAUGUUAAAGAUUACGGUGUAGUUAGAAGCGCCCAAUCCUUUGAUAAUAUUACAAAGACAUUGGACGACAUAACUGAUUCAAAAAGUAAUUCGCCAAGACGUCAUUCAGAGAGUGCUCUUUUAAGCGAUACAGUUGAUCGCGUAGUAAAGAUUUCCCGUACAUUUUCCCUCUCUAUAAAACCGCCAGAAAGUCAUGCCAGAACGACAAUAAACGAACUAUCAGCUAUUCCUGAGGACGAAAUUGUCGAAGUUACUAACGAAGACAUGAAAGCUACACCGCUGCUUGAAGAUUGUGAAGGUUCCACAUCCCCAACAAUCAGCUCUCUUUGUUUGAACGAUUUCGACGACGACGCAAGGAAGAUGAAAGCUAGACUGAAAUCUACAAGAGAUUUAGUACCGAUAUCAGUGUGCAUGCUUCUCGUUACCGCUUAUAUUAUAUUUGGUGCAGUGAUUUUCACUUCUUGGGAGGAGUGGGACUUCUUGACAGGCUUUUAUUUCUGUUUCAUCACGUUAACCACGAUCGGUUUUGGAGACUUUGUACCAGGGAUGGGUAGGCUUGAUAACGAAGUUCGUCAGAUUUUUGUUACCUUAUAUCUUCUUUUCGGAAUGGCCCUUAUAGCAAUGUCGUUUCACUUAAUACAAGAGGAAGUGCGACACAAAUGUCGUAAAAUGGCCAUCAAAAUUGGAUUAUUUGAAGAAAAGAUAUCCAAGAUGUUGGACAGUUAUGAUCAUAAUUGAAAAGCGAUUGUUUCCGAAUUUUUUGCACUUAUAACUUCGUUUAAUAUGUUUUAGAAUAACACGUAUGUUAGACAUUGAAUCGUUUGCAUCUAAUGGCAUGUGUUAUGUUUAUUAACCUCGAAUACAUGUUUCUUUCUUCAAUAAGCAAAAACAAAUCAGUGAAAAAUGAUGAAUAGGUCAUUGAAUUUAUGUGAAUAUAAAGUAACGAGUUCUGCAGCGGAUUUAUUCUGAGCAACGUCAGUUUUUUACGCUACAGAAUGAAUGUGGAUAUUUUGUUAUAAUGCUUUCCGUUGUUUUUAGAUAUUUAGCAGCGAAAUAAAUCGCGAUUGUUCACUACUGAAUAUAUAAAUUUGAUAUUUCUCACUGUUCUUAACUUUAAU